AUGGCACGGUUCGCCGCCUUCCUGCGGCGGAGCCAGGGGCCGCCGCCGGCGGAGAGCUCGGCUGGGCCCGCGGCGGCGAGCUCGGCCGCCCCGCUGCCGGCGGCGCCGGGAGCGGGCUCCGUGGCCCAGGGGUCGCAGCAGGCCCCGCCGGGCGCCGCGCAGGGCGCCGCGCAGGCAGCGGCGGGCGCGCCAGACCGGGAGGCCCUGCGCGCGGCGAGGCUGGCCCGGUCACUUUGGCCACUCUUGCGUUGUGGCCGGUCUGGGCGCGGCGCUGGCGCGGCCAGCAACGGAUGCAGCGCCACCGAUGGAAGCUGCAUAAGCAGCGCCCGGUCGGACACUGGCGCACAGCAGGCGGAUGCGCGCCGACGCAUCCGCUGCCGACGCCGCGCGGUGCGGUGUCGACCCGGGCACCGCAGCCGAGGGCGCGCCGCCGCCAGCGCCACCGCGGAAGCUGCCAGCAGAGCAGAGCCCAGUUAG